AUGAGCGUGUCUGUUGUGUUGGGUUCUCAGUGGGGAGAUGAAGGGAAGGGGAAACUGGUUGAUAUUCUUGCUGCGGACAUCGACGUCUGCGCACGAUGUGCAGGUGGAAAUAAUGCUGGCCACACCAUUGUCGUCCCUGUUAACGGAGUGAAGAAGACCUUUGCUUUUCAUCUGUUGCCGAGUGGGCUUGUAAAUCCUGCUUGCACUGGACUGAUUGGAUCUGGUGUCGUCGUCCAUGUCCCUUCGUUCUUCAAAGAGCUUGACGAUCUUGAAAGCCAAGGCCUUAAUUGCACUGGCCGCCUUUUUAUCUCUGACCGUGCACACCUCGUAUUCGAUUUCCACCAAAUCGUUGAUGGACUGAAAGAGGUGGAACUAGGAGGCUCCAGCAUCGGAACCACUAGGAAGGGUAUCGGCCCGGCCUACUCAGGCAAAGCCUCCCGCUCCGGCCUGCGCGUGCAUCAUCUUUUCGAUGAAGAGACCUUCGCAAAGAAAUUCCGCACCCUCGUCGAGGGCCGGUUCAAGCGAUACGGACAUUUCGAGUACGACACCGAAGGCGAGAUCGCGCGAUACCGCGAGCUCGCCGCCCGUCUGCGCCCGUAUGUCGUCGACAGCGUAGUAUAUCUGCACAACGCGAUCACGGCGGGCAAGAGGGUGCUCGUAGAGGGUGCAAAUGCACUGAUGCUCGACUUGGAUUAUGGCACGUAUCCCUUUGUCACAUCCUCGUCGACGGCAAUCGGUGGUGUGUGCACUGGUCUGGGUAUCCCUCCUAAGAUGAUCGGGCACACAAUCGGUGUUGUCAAAGCGUACACUACCCGUGUUGGUGGAGGACCUUUCCCAACUGAGCAGCUUAACGAUGUCGGUGUGCACCUUCAAGAAGUUGGGCGCGAAUAUGGCACGACCACUGGCCGCCGGAGGCGUUGCGGGUGGCUGGAUCUUGUUGUGCUGAAGCAUUCGCACUUGAUCAAUGGCUAUGACAGCUUCAACCUUACCAAGUUGGACGUCCUCGACAAGCUUCCGGAGAUCAAGGUCGCCGUCAAGUAUCUCGUGGACGGGAAAGAGUUGGCCGGGUUCCCUGCCGACCUCGAGCUCCUCGCGAAGGUGGAAGUCGAAUAUGUCACGCUCCCUGGCUGGGAGACCUCCAUUGAAGAGAUCACCACCUUUGACGCCCUCCCCGAAAAUUGCAAGAAGUAUAUCAAAUUCAUUGAAGACUUCAUGAAAGUUCCUGUCAAGUGGAUCGGUGUCGGUCCUGGAAGAGAGAGCAUGGUGACCAAACCGUAA